AGGGGCGAAACGGGGAUGAUUCGGCCAGUAGCAUGCCGCCCUUCGUGCAAUAAACAUCGUGCAGCUCGCUGGAAACGCAACGUCGAUGGUCUUCUUCGACUGAUCUCCGCUUUCUCCAGCUUCACGAUCUCUCACCUGCAAUCACACGGAAACUGCGUUAGCGAUACGUUCCACACGUUUAAUAGCGACGACGGACGAGAGUAAACAUGUAGACCGAGGAGGAGCGCGAGGCAACGAAAAAUGGUGGACAGGGAGGAAAUAGCGAAGACACCCUCGCCCCUGAAUAUCAACGAGGCAAUCGAGGGAGAGGUGUUGAAUCAAAAGACUGCACGGAGGCUUAAGAACGAUCUUCUGUUAUACGAGGCUGUGAUAAAAAAUGAAGCGGACACCGUUCGCAAAGUGCUCAAGGAGGCUGUGGACGUGGAUUCCAGGAACAAUGUACCGCCAAUUCACUGGGCCGCAUCGAAGGGAAACACGGAGAUCAUCGAGAUGUUGAUACAAGCAAAAUGCGACAUCGAGGCGAGAGACAAGUUCGGCAUGCGUCCGUUACACAUGGCUGCGCGUUACGGACACAGGGACGCCGUGAAAAUGUUAAUCAACGCCGGGGCAAACGUGUCAGCGGUAAACAAGAAACAACAUACUCUCUUAAUGUGUGCUGCUCAAGGCAACAACGUUCGCGUUGUGGAAUACCUCGCGGAGGCUGUGGAAUUGCUGAACGGAGAUGCAACCGACAUCACCGGUGCAACUGCACUUCAUCAUGCAGCCAGCGCUGGUCACCCGACUAUGAUAACCGCACUUUCCAAUGUGCCCAGGAUCGAAAUCAAUGCGACGGAUAAAAAAGGACAGACACCUAUACACUCUGCCUGUGAAAGGGAGCACCUGGAAGCGGUGGAAGUUCUGAUAGGACUGGGAGCCAACGUGGAUGCUCAAGACAACGAAGGGAACACCCUUCUGCACAUAGCCACGAGGACGAGGCACACGGCCAUAGCUGAAUUACUAUUAAGAGCCGGAGCGAACACCGAGUUAACCGACGAAAUGGGCUUCACGCCGCUCCAUGUAGCUGCCAGUCAGGGUUGCAAAGGGAUACUGGACUCGAUGAUUCAACAUGGCGCAGCACUCAACAAACAGUGCAAGUAUGGGAACACGCCUUUGCACUUGGCCUGUCAAAACAACGAAGUAGAAACGGUCGAGAUAUUGCUGAACAAAGGUGUCGAUUUAAAUUGCCUCAACUCGAGACUACAGUCGCCGAUUCACAUCGUCGCGGAAAUGGGGCACAAGGAGAUCUGCGAGAUGCUGCUGGCCGCGGGUGCGAAUAUCGAGCAGAGAGAACAGAGCGGCAGAAGACCUCUUUACAUAGCGGCGAGGGGUAGUUUCACGGCCAUCGUCGACAUGAUAAUUAAAACGGCGAGAUUGGACUACCCGACACCGGAGGACUCGACGUCCGACAAAGAAAUACGUGAUCUGACGCCGGCUAGGAGAAGAUGGCGCGAGGGAUCAAGGGGUGGAAGUAUAUCCAGUAACAAUAGCGCCUUUUCGGAGCACAUUCGAUCGAUCCUGUGGAAGCUGGCGUACAAACAGUUGGGCCCCGAGGAUUGGAAGAAAUUGGCGUUGCACUGGGCGUUUACACACGAUCAGAUUCAGGCGAUUGAACAUCAGUAUACCGGUCCUUCGAGUUACAAAGAGCACGGUUACCGGAUGCUGAUGAUCUGGGCGUCAGGAUUGAAUCCCGAGGCCUCUGUGGGCAAAGAACUUUGCGAUGCUCUGACUGCAGUGGACAAAAAGUCCGUCGCUGAAUCCGUUCGGAAGCACGUGGAUCAAGAGAAAGAUGGGAAAACGAAGUUGAACAAACAGCGAUGUCACAAAUGUUCGAUAACUUAA